AACGUGUGUCGGGGAUUUGAAUUUGCUGCCGAAUAUUCAAACAUCAUGAGCGUGUUGUGAUGAUUUCCUUCUCCUAUGGACCUCUGACGCCUUCUAUCGCCUCUUAGGGCCUUACUCCUUGAUCUCUCUUCCUUGGUAUCCUUUAAUUAUCUUUCCGUUUCCAGCCAUCAGUCAAGAAAAGCAUAUUGUCUGUCUUAUAUUGGUGGGUGUGCCCAGACCACGGGUGUGAGGCAGGCAGCUAAGGGUAGCACACAGACUCUAACAAUUGUCACCUGUGAACCGACACGCCUUUUUACCCCAAUGCACGCUAGUCUCCUUACCCCAAUGAGCGUGAGGUGUCAUUUUACCCCAAUGUUACUCCAGUUAACAUGAAACAGUGUUAUUCCAGAAGUACGCCUGUCUCACAGCAAAGGAUACCUUUGUGCUCCAUUAAGUGGAUGCAGUGAGAUAUGGUUGAUAAAGCUAAGAAUAAGGAUAAGAAGAAAGAAAAGGGGAAAGGUAAUGACCAGAAUGCUGAACCUCAAAGCAAUGAGGUCGAAGAUGUUGAGAUGGCAGAGGAGGAGGAGGAGGAGGAGGGAGGGAUUCGUAUAGGAGACAUCUACCUGCCUCCACCGCCUCCGCCAGCAUGCACAUUUGACAGCACUGAACCCAGGCUUGUCAUCACACAUAUUGAAAAUGAAUUCUUCAAAAGUUAUGCUGGAAAGCAGGUUUUGGGACCAUUCCACAAGAAUUUCACAUCCAUAGUUGGACCGAAUGGCAGUGGUAAAAGCAAUGUCAUCGAUUCCAUGCUCUUUGUCUUUGGUUACCGUGCACAGAAAAUUAGAUCCAAAAAGAUUUCAGUGCUGAUUCACAGUUCAGAGAAUUAUCCAAAUGUACAGAGCUGUACUGUGGCUGUUCACUUUCAGAAAGUCAUAGAUAAAGAAGGUGAUGAUUUUGAAGUCCUUCCAAACUCCAGCUUUGUUGUAUCUCGUACAGCCUUCCGAGACAACUCGUCAUAUUAUCAGAUUGAUGGAAAAAGGUGUCAGUUCAAGGCUGUUGCCAAACUUUUGCGACAGUAUGGUAUUGAUUUGGACCACAACAGGUUUCUUAUCCUCCAAGGUGAAGUGGAACAGAUAGCUAUGAUGAAGCCCAAGGGGGUGACAGAACAUGAUACUGGGAUGUUGGAGUUUCUGGAGGACAUUGUUGGCUCAUCCAGGUUCAAAGAUCCCAUUGAACUGCUGUCCAAAAGAGUAGAGGACCUGAAUGAGGCUCGCCAGGAGAAGCUUAACAGAGUGAAAAUUGUAGAGAAAGAAAAGGAUGAGUUAGAGGGACCAAAAGAGGAAGCCAUUGAACAUCUCAAGUUAGAAAAUGACGUCACAAGCAAAAAACACAUGCUGCUGCAGUACCGAUGCUGGGAAUGUUCUGAGGCCAUGAGAAAAGCAGAGGAGAAAAAGCAAGAAAUAAAUGAGGGUAUGAGUGAUGUGAAAAAGCAGCUUGAUGAACUGGUAGAGAAGAGGAUUCAAAAGGAAGAAGAAAUAAAGAAAUUAGGGAAAACGCUUGAAAAAGUAAAUAGCCAGAAAGAAGAAUGUUCAGAGAAAUUCAAAGCCUUGGAAAGUGAAGAUGUCAAGAUGCAGGAAGAUCUCAAACACAAAAACCAGAAGAGAAAGAAGAUGAUGGCACAGUUGACGGCUGAUAAAAGCAAAUUAGAGGAACUUGAAAGGGUUCCAGAGAAAAAUGAGAAAAGUAUUGAGGAAUGUGUGACACUGAGGGGACAGCUGGAAGCCCAGAGGAAGGAGGAGGAAGAGGCUUAUCAUCGGGCCAUGUCCACUCUUAACACAGAAACACAGCAGCUGCAAGAUGAAAAAGCUACAUACGAAACACAGCUUAUAGAUCUGAGAAAAACAGUUAAUGAAGCAAAAAGUGCUCUUGAUAUUGCUCAGUCAGAACUAGAUAUUUACCAGAGUACAGAACGAACUGAACAGAAGAAACUUGAGCAAAUAACAGCAGGGUUAGAGACAGCCCAUAACACUGUACAAAUGCAAAAUGCAGAGGUAAAAAGACUAGCAAAGGAAAUUCCAGAAUAUGACAAAAAGCUGAAGGUGCAGCAAGGUAAGCUUCAGCAGAUCCUCCCAGAACUUCAGAUAGUUGAUGGUGACUUGAGGACACACCGAAUGAAGCUUGAAGAGAGCCGCAGUGCCAUGCAGUCUUCCCGUUCCCGGGGGAGAGUGAUGGACGCUAUCAUGGAGCAGAAGAGGAAUGGCAGCAUAAAGGGAGUGUUUGGCCGUUUGGGUGACCUUGGAGGGAUUGACGAAAUAUAUGAUGUUGCCAUCAGUACAGCGUGUGGGGCACUAGAUAACAUCGUUGUUGACUCUGUGGAGACUGGUCAGCAGUGCAUUACUUUUCUGAAAAGGAAUAAUAUUGGAACUGCCACCUUCAUUGCAUUAGACAAGAUGGAAAGAUGGAGAACACACAGUGAGAGGCCGAUGGACACCCCCGAGAAUGUCCCUCGGCUCUAUGAUCUGGUGAGAGUCAACGACGACAGGGUGAAGACAGCUUUUUACUUUGCACUCCGAGACACCCUCGUAGCAACUGACCUGGAGCAGGCAUCCAGAAUUGCUUAUGGCAGAGUUCGUCAUCGUGUGGUAACUCUCAAGGGCGAAGUCAUUGAGCCUGCCGGCACUAUGAGUGGUGGUGGCCGCUCAGUCCUCCGUGGCCGCAUGGGGAAGCAGGCGUCAGUUGUCAAUGUAGAUCCCAGAGAAAUAGAGCAUGCCGAGAAAAAGGUGGAGGACUUGAUGCAGAAGGCUACUGCGCUGCGAAAUGAGCGGAAACAGCUGGAGGAAUCAGUGCACAACCUGACAAGAGACUUAAAAUCAAUGAACCGUGAUUAUCAAAGGAGCACGAUGGAAGUGGAGGCAGCAGAGCAACAGAUAACUACUCUUGAAAAUCAAAGAAUCCCACAGGAGGAGAAAGUAAAGUCAGUUAAAUCUGAUCCUGCCAAAAUCAAGACCAUGGAGAAGAACAUCGGAGGAAAGAAGAAGGUCUUCCAGGAGGCAUCAGAGUCUGCCCAAGCCAUUGAAGCUGAAGUGACGAAGAUCCACAACCAGAUCAUGCAGGUCACUGGAGGCAAGAUGAAGGGGCUGAAAAAGGCUUUAGAUGCUGUUAACAAGAAACUCGAGAAGGUCAACGCAGAAAUUACAAGGCUUCAGGUUGCCAUCAAAACUGCAAAACGCAAUAGCAAGAAGACGCAGGACAGCAUUACUGCAACAGAAAAGGAACUUGCAGAAGUGCAAGAUGAGCUCCGAGGCAUGCAGGCCAAACGUGCAGAGAUUGAACAGAUGGCCACCAAAGUUCUUGAUGACUUGCAGUCUGUUACACAAGAAGCCGAGGAAUUAGGGAAUCAAAUGGCAGAGCUGAAGUCUGAGCGUGAUGUGUGCCUGAAGAAAGAGAAUAAGAUCAGGUCCAGCAAGAUAGAAAUUGACCAAGAGUUGGAAAAGUAUGAAGGGGUCAUAAAGGAAAACAAAGCCAAGCUAUCACUCUCAAAGAAACAGAUCAACAAACUGCAGUUGGUGGAAAUUCCCUUCAACAAGGAAGAGGAAGAAAGCAGUGAGCUGGCCACCAUGGAGCCUGAGCAGCUGCAGGAGCUGGACCCCAAACAGCUGGAGUACCAACUCACUGUCUUGCAGGACAGGCUGCAGGAGUCAAAGCCCAACUUGGCAGUUAUUCAGGAGUAUCGCAAAAAAGAAGAGACAUACCUGCUACGUGCUGCCGAGCUUGACGAGAUCACACACAAACGAGAUGAACAAAGAAAAUACCAUGAGGACUUGAGGAAGCAGCGUCUGAACGAGUUCAUGAGCGGCUUCACCAUCAUCUCUAACAAGUUGAAGGAAAUGUACCAAAUGAUCACUCUAGGUGGAGAUGCAGAGCUUGAGCUGGUGGACUCUUUGGACCCAUUUAGUGAGGGUAUCAUCUUCAGUGUCCGGCCACCGAAGAAAUCUUGGAAGAAUAUCACAAAUCUGUCUGGUGGUGAGAAGACACUGUCGUCCCUAGCCCUGGUGUUUGCCCUGCACUACUACAAGCCUACACCGCUCUAUGUAAUGGAUGAGAUUGAUGCAGCCCUUGACUUCAAGAAUGUCUCAAUCGUUGGAAAUUAUGUGAAGGAACGAACAAAGAAUGCCCAGUUUAUCAUCAUCUCACUACGGUCCCAGAUGUUUGAACUGGCAGACCGGCUGGUGGGGAUCUACAAGACCUACAACACGACUAAGUCUGUGACCAUUAACCCUGCAAAGAUAAUCAGCAGCAUUGGUGAAGAAAGCACCCCUGCAUCUGCCAGCAGUUCUCUCAGCACAACCAUGUUGCCCAACUCUGCUUCAACAGCUGAGAGUACAGCCUGAACUAAUAGUUUACUAGUAGGCUUGCAAUAUGUAGAAUAUUUUAGUAAAUGAACAUAGUUUGAACAUCUGGCAGUCAUUAUUGGUAAGGCAGAGAUAUAGUGAGAUGAAGAACAAUGUGUAAUGGACAGAAGCUGGAGUUGAAAAAGGAAAGAGGAUAAAAGAAGAUUGUCAUGGAUGCAGCAAGGGGCAUCCAUGGAACAAUCUUGGCACCUAUCCUGUUUUGAGGUAGCAAAACCUUCCAUGGUGAAGAUACUUUUGAGCAGAGUUAGUGGUGAAAGUUGGUAGGGUAAGCUGGAAAAUGGCUAUAUAUAUUUGUCAGCUCAAAUGCUGCAGUGUGUGAUAUGGAAUAGAACAAGCAAGCGAUUCCGUGGAUGAUGCAAGCGAUUCCGUGGAUGAUGUAAAGUGUCAACACAUUUUUGCAAUGCAGAGUAGUUCUGUGAAGUGUCUAUCAAUCAUUUAUUGUGUAUUUAAAAUAGCAAAAUGGAUGCCCUCGAGUUUCUGUAAAAUCACUGCAUGUUUCUUGUAAUCUAUGAGUCAUUGUUAUGAAAUACAUUAUUGAAGUAAAACAAA